AUGAGAGGCAGGCAAGAUGUCGAAUUCCAGACGCUUGACGGGCUAACGCUCCGAGGGUGGCUGUUCCCAGCUGCCCAGAGAGGGCCCGCAAUCAUCAUGACACCAGGGUUCAACAACGUCAAGGAGAUGAUCAUCUCGGAAGUCGCCGAAUACUUCCACGCUGCGGGCUUCACAGUCCUUAGCUACGACCCACGCACCAUGGGUGCCAGCGACGGGGAGCCGCGCAACGAGGCCCACCCGCUGCGCAACGUUGAGGACUACCACGACGCCCUCACAUACCUCAAGCACCACCAGUCGCAGCUCGUUGACCCUAAGCGCAUUGCUUACUGGGGCUACUCGUUCAGUGGGAUGGUGGCCCUCUGUGCUGCCGCCCUCGACAAGCGGGCCAAGGCCGUCGUCGCUGUCUCACCCCUUACCAUCUGGGAGUUCACCAAGUGGAAACAGGUGCUCGCCAAGUCCAUGAAGGACCGCGAGUCGCGCCUGGCCGGCAACAACCCGGUGCGCCUGCCCAUGUUGACCGAGGACGGCGAGCAUCCCGCCGGCUUCGGCACGGGCUUCGACGUCGAGGACGUCUACAACAUCAUCUCGAGGGCCGCCGAGGUGCAGCCGACGUUUGUGGCCGAGACGACGCUAAGUACCUACUACCACAUCGCUGCCUUUCAGCCAUUUGGCUUGAUGCCCCAUGUCUCGCCCACCCCGGUCAUGGUUGUCACGGGCGAACAAGACCUGGUCUCGCCCGCGGGCCUGCAAAAGACGCUGGUUUACGACGUAUUCAAGGAGCCGAAGCAGAUGCUCAGUGUUCCGGACAAGGGCCACAUGAACAUCUUGAGCGGGCAGGAUGCGCUGAAGGUACUGGACGGCCAGAUCCAAUUUCUUCGCGACCAUAUGGGGUGA